AUGGCUUCAUCAGACGCAGCGCAACAUGCCAUCGCUGGCGCUGGCGGGGGCAUCUUGUCCAUGGCCCUGACCUACCCCCUUAUAACCCUCUCGACUCGCGCACAGGUCGAGUCAAGCCGAGCAGACUCAGCCUUCCUAGACGCCGUGCGGCGCAUCGUGCAGCGUGAGGGCGUCACCGGGUUGUACGCCGGCGUUGACUCUGCGCUCUUCGGCAUCAGCGUCACCAAUUUCGUCUACUACUACUGGUAUGAGUGGACGCGGGCGGGCUUUGAGAAGGCAGCCGUAACAGCCGGGCGCGCCUCCAAGAAACUCACUACCGUCGAAUCCAUGAUUGCGGGCGCCAUUGCCGGCUCUGCGACGGUCUUGCUCACGAACCCCAUCUGGGUCAUCAACACGCGCAUGACGACUCGCAAGCGCAACAAGGAGACGGAUGAGAGCUUGCUGCCAGGGGUGAAGGGCCCGAAGGCACCGACGACGAUAGGGACGCUGUUGGCACUGCUCCGGGAGGAGGGACCACAGGCGCUGUUUGCGGGCGUGGUGCCGGCACUGGUGCUCGUCAUCAACCCUAUCCUUCAGUAUACGAUCUUUGAGCAGUUGAAGAAUGUGCUGGAGAAGAAGAAACGGAUCACGCCCACUAUUGCCUUCCUCCUGGGCGCGCUGGGCAAGCUGGUCGCGACGACCAUCACAUACCCGUACAUCACGGUCAAGAGCCGCAUGCAUGUUGCUGGACGGGAUUCCCAGAAGGAAAACAUGCUGGAGGCGAUGCGGAGAAUUGUCAGGGAGGAAGGCUAUGUUGGCUUCUACAAAGGUAUUGGACCAAAGGUCACUCAGAGCGUUCUCACAGCGGCAUUUCUGUUUGCAUUUAAGGACGUUCUAUACGAGCAGUCCGUCAAACUGCGGAGAAAGCUGCCGGUCAAGGCAUAA